UAAUCAUCGUGUUGAAGAGGAGGUUAACGAUUUGCGGAGGUGUGGUCACGACGGGUGACUGGACUCGGGCUCACAGAACCUCCGCACGUCCGCAGCGUAGCUGCCCGACCACAUGGGGACUGAGCGUGAGGUGAAUUGGGCGGCCUGUCGAUGACCAGGAAGAGCUGAGGCGGCGCUAGACCAUUCUAAGGCGUCUGCGAUCGUCGCUGUGCUGCCUUCGCCGUCCGGACCUCUCUCAGCAGGAGAAACCUACGACCGGGAAGGGGCUACUCCCAGCAUGGCUGCGACGCGAGGCCUUCUUCAGCUGGCGCGUUCGCUGUGGACGACGCCUCGGCGUCUGGCUUCGGGGAGCUUCGCGCAGUGCCACGCGAUGGUGUUUACGAGCAGGAGAACCUGCAUGGAUUUGCGUCGACACGGAGUCGCCCGUCACUGUAGCAAGCCGAGGACCGGAGCCGUGCGCCUCUCUUACACACUGCACGAGUCGGACGACGCCGCAACUGCGUCCACACUGCCGCCGAUUGUAGCGCUGCACGGACUGUUUGGCAGCAGGGAGAACCUGACCGCUAUUUCUAAAGCGCUGGCCACUGCGACGGGUCGUAACGUGUUCGCUGUGGAUCUGCGUAACCACGGCGACAGCCCCCACACGGACGACAUGGACUACGCGCUGAUGUGCGCCGACCUGGAGCUGUUCUUGCACGAUCGGGGCCUGCGCAGGGUGGCCUUCGUAGGACACAGCAUGGGCGGACGCGCGGCCAUGAAGGUCGCCGUCACCAAGCCCUCCGUGGUUGAGCGCCUGGUCGUGGUGGACAUCGCGCCGAGCGCCCUACCGCAGGCUCUGGUGAAUGUAUGGCUGCCUUGGCAAAUAAACGCGAUGGAACACAUCUUGUCGUUGCUGUCACCGGACAUGAGCCUCGAUCAGGCUGUUCAGCUGGCCGAUGAAUACCUCAGCAGAGAAGUUACCAAACCCUACGUCCGCAGCUACUUGCUAGCGAACCUGCGCAAGGGACCUCGUACGUACGAGUGGCUGCCCAACCUCAAGGUCAUCAGAAGGAACCUCGGCAUACUGGGCGAUGCUCACUACCUCAACAACGAAACCUCUCACGUCGAAGCGCUGUUCAUCUCUGCCGACAGAUCUAUAUACAUCACGGACGAGGAUAUGAAAGCCAUCAAGCAGACGUUUCCCGAAGCGCGCGUCGUUACCGUAAAGGACUCCAACCACUGGGUCUACAACGACAAGAGAGAAGAGUUUGUGGACUUGGUCAGGGACUUCAUGACAGCGCGUCGCCCGGAAUCACAGCUGAAAACACUGUCCGCCGCUUGAAAGAGGAAGAACAAGGAGGGCAGUGCGAGACGCGAUCGUGAAUCGCGCCGAGCUACAGAAUCAGUGUGUCGACAAAGUCGAGGCCGUCGACACCCAUUUCCACCCAUUCCUGCGCGCGUUUCGUGUAGUCUCCAUCACUCUUGGACAAUUUUGCUUCAGAAUAGAACUGUAUUGUCGAAGGUUGAUGUAACGGCGACGUAAGAGGCAGAGGGCUCUUGGGUCGGUGUUUCACUCAAGUGUGUCAUUGAAGAUUUGAUGUAGCGCUGAAGCAAUGUGGAGAGGUGUCUGUGAUCAUGAACUAUUGCCACCCCGU